CGGCCGGGCCGGGCCCUGUCCCUGUCCCGAACCGUGUCCCGGCUCGAGCCUUCAAUGCUGCUUUUUGCAAAAGUGGAUGAAAAAUUGUCUCUGCUAAUAAGCGCUUCUGUGGUCUCUGUAGUUCUUUUGACAUAUUUGAGUAUUGUCUCUCCUUGCGCACUCUUUUAUUUUAUUUUUUUAUUAAUUUUAUUAGACGCAUCACUUUCUAGAACUGCUUCUUGUUAAUAAAAAUGCAGUGUUAUUCGAUUACAGUAGCUUUUAAGAAUUCUAUAGGGAGAACUUCACUCAAAGUAAUUUCUUUCAGCGGUAAUUUAAGUUCAAGCAGUUCUCUUUUGAACAAUGUCUGUGAUCGUAUGCUUACAUAUUUCUCAUUAAUAGUGAGUGUAUUUCUGCUUCUUUACUUACUUGUCUGAUGCUUCUGCUGAGAGCCCUCUAAAUGGGUGUAAGUACGCAUUUUAGUUUCGAUAAUUUUUGCACUGUUUUUCAUCUGCAUCUGUUGCAAAAUGCAAACGGGUUUACAGCACUACUUUCAUUAUCCCUUCACUGCUACAUUGCAGUUUUAAUGCCAAUACUUCAUGUAGCUAAUUGGGAGAAUUUAUUUUCCUAAAUGAACAUGUAGAAACUACAAGAUCUUAGAGUAGACCGAUUUUGAAGGAAAAGCAACCCACUGCAUGAAAAAAUCCUCUUUUACCGUGUUUGUCAAAUACCUUUUUUUAAACCUAAUACCUGGACGAAGAGCGGUAGGAUACAGAUUAACUUAACUACUCAUUGUUCAUCUUGGAGUAAAUCACCACAUAACAGAGAAGUCAACAGUGGAUGUAAAUAUUAUAAUUUGUUCUAAAGAUUGGUAGAAAAUAGCAAUAAAACCAGUAUCUGCUUAGAUUAAUCCAUUGCUAUACUUGGUCUGAUUGGAUACUAAUGUCUUAGGGAGAAUUGUUGAAAUCUAAAGGAGAGCCCUGCUUAUGAAGAAAUGACGUGUAAUGUCCCACAGAACUCAGAAGCUUAUGCCUCUGCACACACUGACAGUGCCCAGGAAUGGGCACAGGAGCAUGACCGACAGGGAACUUUUGUUGGAUUUCCACAGGACUGUCCUGUUUCGGUGUUAGCUCUAGCACAAGCUGGCUUUGUUUAUACUGGAGAAGGUGACAAAGUGAAGUGCUUCAGUUGCCAUACAACUAUUGAAGGAUGGCUGCCUGGGGAUUCUGCAGCUGAGAGGCACAAACAGCUUGCCCCCAAAUGCAAGUUUAUUACUGAAUCUGCUUUUCUGGAAGCUAACAUGGAUCCUGUUGCCCAGAACUACCAGAGCAGAACUGAAAAUGGUUCCGGCAAUUCAGCCCUCCCAUGUGCUCUGGAUGACCCUCAUGUGGAGGCAGAUUACCUUUUGAGGACUAGGCAGGUUGUGGAUAUGUCAGAUAGUUUGUAUCCUAAAAACCCUGCUAUGUGCAGUGAAGAAACAAGGUUAAAGUCUUUCCACAACUGGCCGCUCAAUGGCCAGUUGACUCCACAGGAAUUAGCUAAUGCUGGAUUUUAUUAUACAGGUGUUGGUGACCAAGUGGCAUGUUUUUGUUGUGGUGGAAAAUUGAAGAACUGGGAACCCACUGACAGAGCUUGGUCAGAACACAAAAGGCAUUUUCCCAAAUGCCUUUUUGUCCUGGGCCGGGAUGUUGGAAAUAUUUCAAGUGAAUCUAUUCCUGCUGAGCAUGGCAUAAGUGGUCUGAACAAUGCAGAGCACCCAAGGAAUCCCUCUAUGGCAAAAUAUGGAAAACGCUUACAAACAUUUUUAUCUUGGAUAUAUCCUGUUGACAAGGAGCAACUUGCAGAAGCUGGAUUCUAUAGCACAGGUAAUGGUGAUCAUGUUGUGUGUUUCCACUGUGGUGGAGGAUUGCAAGAAUGGAAGGAAAAUGAAGACCCUUGGGAUCAACAUGCCAAAUGGUUUCCUGGAUGCACAUUUGUGAGAAAGGAAAAGGGGAUAGAAUUUAUAAAUAAUGUUCACUUAAGAGAUGGAUGUAGAGAUUCAACAACAGAAGCUGCUGAAGGGAUAGUACUUCCUAAAGAUGAUCUCUUACAGAAUCCUUUGGUACAAAGUGCCAUAGCCAUGGGUUUCAGUUUGUCUGAGAUUAGGAACACCAUGGAAAAGAGAUUGCAGAUGACUGGAGAAAGUCACACAUCUGUUGAGCAUCUGGUAGCAGACUUAAGUGCUCAUAAAGAAAAUACAAGGGAAGAAGAACCAAAUGAAAUCCCAGUUGAGCAAGAUGAGCUUAUUCAGUUACAAAACCUCUACCUCAGUACUGAAGAGAAGUUAAGACGUUUGCAGGAAGAAAAGCUCUGUAAAAUCUGUAUGGCUAAGGACGUGUCAGUUGUCUUCAUUCCCUGUGGUCACCUAGUUGCCUGUAAGGAAUGUGCUCAAUUACUUAAUGAAUGCCCUCUAUGUCGUAAGGAUAUUAUGAAAAUACAGGAAAUUUUUAUGUAUUAAUGAAGUACACAGCAUUAUGGCCACAAAUGUUUCCUGUUAAAUGUUACUUUAAAAAUGUGUAAUGUAAUGUAAAAAAUGCAGUUAAUUCCAGAAUGUAACCAUAUGGCAGGAUUUAGAUUUUUCUGCUGUUAAACUCUACACAUUUUAACACUUUACAAAUUAUUUUCCUUAGGUGAAAUUUUUUGUAUGUAUAACGCAAUAUGUAUGAAAGGCAAAUAUGUAUAUUUUGUAACUUCAGUUCAUAGACCUGUUAUGGGAAAGCCCAAGUAAUGUUAACCUUUAUUUAUGUGAUCAUUCCUUUGCUUCUCUUUGGUAGGACUCUAUGACUGAAGUUUGUGCAAACAGAGUUGUACAAAGAGCCUGUCCCUAUAUAAAAUUUUUGAGUAAGUUAAUUUAAAAUAUAAUUGUACACAUGUAUAUUAUACCUGAAAUUUUAGCUUUUUAAAAAUAAAAUGUAGGAUUGAAAAUAGUCUCUUUUUUUUCUGUAACUUUGGUUGUGACAUAGUUCAGACAACACACAUAAACCUGCUGCUGUAACCUUAUGGUUACUUCUGCUACUUUGUAGGUUUGUCUGUUAUAAUUUAAUUCCUGUCUCCCCAUCUAUUUUUCUGAUUCAGAGGUAUAAAUUGUCUUCAGUAAACUGGUUUUAGUCAUCUGUUUUUUACAAAGAUCCAUCUUUAUAUAAAACGUACAUUAAUUUUGUUGAUUAAAAGAUAACUCAAGAGAAAUGAAGGACAUGUACCCUGUGCCCUUCAUGAGAGAAGGCUCAUUUAAAAUUUGCCCCCUACACAUAAAGAUGUUCAGUUUGACAUUUUUCUUCUUUGUUUUUUUAAACAUCACUAUCAGCAUCAUCCUAACUGAUUUAUCUGCUAACACUUUGCACUGUUUCAUAUCAUAUGUUUUCAUCUAUUUUUAUCUCCUAGAAAAUGCUUUUCUAAAAUUCACUGGCAGUGAAUUAGGAAUCUUUCCUUUUUUUUCAUGUCAGUUUGCAGCAUUUAAAUUUAAAAGUUAAGAACUAUUCUCAUGAAUGCCACCUUAAAAUACCUAAACUAUAUUUUGCUGGACUGAUCCUUCAUUUCUGAUUUUUAAGGUAUCACAGCUUUUUUACGAUCACUGCUUAAUUAUGUGACUUCCUUAUUUUGUGGAGCUGCUGAUAUGUUCUGUGUAUAUAUUUUUGAGUUCUACACACUAGGGUUUAGAAUGUCGAAUAUACAGAACACUGUUUUUCAUGUUACAAAAGUUUUGGAUACACAGAAAUGUAUUAUCUACCUUUUCUAUUUUUUUAAAUCUAUGCUGUGUAGUGGUAUGAAUAUUUAAAAUAAAGUGCAAUCCUAUGUUCCUUG